AUGGGUUUCCUCAAGCGCCUUUUUUCAGUCGGGAGCAAGAAGAACAAGAAAAGCAAACCCACAAUCAGCAACCCAACGCCGUUACCAUCUUCAAGGACACCUUCUCGCCAUCUCGAGGUCAUUGAAGAAGACCAGGAGGACGCCGUCAACCGCUUGCUACGCUCCUCGUCGUCACGCUAUGCCCUAUCAUCGGAGCGUAACCGUUCGUCACUGGAUCCUCUGCCGCACCCUAUCAACGAAGUACUCCAAACUCCCGGCGCCUCUACCGCCAGCAUAGCCAGCUCGACUCUCAGUCAGCGCGGGACCUACACGGUGACGAUCCACCGACGAAAGCAGCAUGCCGCCACGGAGUUCCCCGACGCCAACCGCGGGUUCGACGACACACCUUCCCCGCCGGCGACACCGACACCGAUAGACACUGACGCGCAUCUUCUCGGACUUAGGAGGGACCCGUCUGUCGCGAGCCUGAUCGAUCUAUAUGACGAUCACGGCAGGUUGCCGGACGAAGCGUUUUCCAACUCGCCCCCCGGUGGACGGCAGCAGACGAAGCGCAGUGGGUCGACGCUGAGGCAGCUCCUCGGCAACCCACCGCCUACCUCCGCCAACAGGAACACGGAAUUUAGCACUGUCGAGGGGGACAUAUCAUGGGCGGAACGUUUCCUAGGGGAAACGGAAAGCAUAUCCUCAGCGGCAUCUUCGUACGGUUUACGCACGCCCGACGACCUCGACUCUCAUUUCACAAACGCUCACACACACGAACAGUCAUUCGCUACCGAUCACGAUCUUUCUAUCACCUCGUUCGACGGCCCCGGCAUUUCUUCCUUGGAAGUAGAGCUGAGCAGCGCCGCAGACAACUCGUUCCAGGACGAGCAUUCUCGAACAAUAAGUAAAUCGCCGUACCAGGCACCUGAUCCUACGACACCGCAGCGCGCGUCGCAGAUCUUCCGCUUCUUGACGAACAAACGACAUGACGAUGCGGACGAACGAUCACUACCCGAACCCCCGAGCGCCUUCAGUUCGCCCUCUGAUGAAGGCUGCAAUCCAGAUAUGGGCAAGUCACACUUUUCUGAGGAUACGUCCUUCGACGCGGAAUCCAUUGCACCCUCCACAGACUCACAUAAUAUACCCUUGCACACGGAUACCCGUUCAUUCAUUCAUAUCUCCACGUCCACUUUACAAUCAGCAUUUAUACCCCGCACACCAUCCAAACGCUCCUCUGCAUCUAUCCCUGCGUCCCAAAUCCCAAUUAUAAACGAGAAUGAAAACCAAGAAGCUCGUGGCGACGAUAAUCGACUGAGUGUGAAAGCAACGCCUUUCAAUAAAGUCAAGGUCAUCAUGAAUGGGCCCACGAAAGUGAUCGUCACCGCGCCGACUCCAUGCGAAAACCCUUUGACCGGUUCUGGCGUGCGCAUACCCAGAGGGCCCAGGGCACCCAGUGGCAGGCGCAGGACAAGCCAUUCUCGUCCCCCUCCCAGGCCACGUCUCGCAGAACGAUCGAACUCGACUUCCAGCUCCAUCAUCAAUCAACCGGCCAAGACUAUCUCUCGCGACAGUUACACUGCGAUACCCUCGCGCCACAAACGCGUAGGCAGCCGAACGUCCUCACAAAUCUCUGUCGUCGAUGUCUCCUUCGAGCAGAAAGACGUGGAGAAUAUGAAGCCCGUAGCUGACAAGCGGCCGGUGAGGCCGUCGCGGAGCGAGGGAAGUAGGGACCUGCUUAGUCAGGUGAUAACGUCGCAGUUUGAGAAGGAGAACGCGUCGCUGGGGAAUGACGCGUUGACGGCCGUCGCGCCGCUGCCAUUCACACCGAUGCGCACACAUUCCACCGGGAGGUCGUCGCUGUUUAGGACCGCUGUGACGCCGAGCAUGUUCAGGCCCCCUCCAGGCAUGGCGCCGUCCCCCGCGUCCUCCUCAGAAUUAUCUCCUGUCGCGAAGGAGAUGAUGCUGAAUCUUAGGCAGCAGAGAACUAAGGCAAGAGAGGCGGAGAAGGAACGUGGCAAGAAGCGCUCGAUCGCGGCGCGCAUAUGA